CAGCAUGUGACGCACAGAAGCCGAACAAGACGCAGCGUCGCGUUGACUGUUCUCACUGUUCUGCGCAUGCGCUCACUCGCUCACACAAUCAGGCAUCAUGGCGGACGUGUUAGAUCUCCAUGAAGCGGGAGGUGAAGACUUUCCUAUGGACGAGGAUGGCGACGAGAGCAUUCAUAAGUUAAAAGAAAAAGCCAAGAAGAGGAAGGGUCGUGGGUUUGGAUCAGAGGAGGGAGCAAGAUCUAGAGCCAGAGAGGACUAUGACACGGUAGAACAGGAUGGAGAUGAGCCUGGACCACAGAGAUCUGUUGAAGGAUGGAUUCUGUUUGUGACUGGUGUACACGAGGAGGCGACGGAAGAGGAUGUCCACGACAAGUUUGCAGAAUUUGGAGAGAUUAAGAACUUGCAUCUUAAUUUGGACAGAAGAACCGGUUACCUUAAGGGCUAUGCACUGGUGGAGUAUGAGACCUACAAAGAAGCCCAGGCAGCAAUGGAAGGGCUGAAUGGCCAGGAACUUAUGGGCCAACCAAUCAGCGUUGACUGGUGCUUUGUAAGAGGACCCCCUAAGAGCAAGAGGAGGGGUGGAAGAAGACGCAGCAGGAGCCCUGACAGGCGGCGACGUUGAUUUUCCCAGUUUUUGACUCCAAUGUCUGUUUCCCAGCCAGUGUGGCAUUGUUUUUCGAGACGGUUUGGAGUCAGAUUGGACUGUGCGUGUAUCUCUUUACAUAAGGAUUUUAAUGUUUUUGAAGGACUAUAUUUUUUAUUGUCUUAAUCAUUAGUUAUUCAGC